AUGCGUGACGUCAGGCCUGGCGACGGCGCCUCGACGUCACAGGCCGCGGGGCCGCUGCGCACGCGCCCGGCGGCACCGCCCUCCCCCGGUGGGGGCGCGGUGAAGACCCGCAAGCCCGAUAACACGGCGUUCAAGCAGCAGCGGCUGCCGGCCUGGCAGCCCAUCCUGACGGCGGGCACGGUGCUGCCGGCCUUCUUCAUCAUCGGCCUCAUCUUCAUCCCCAUCGGCAUCGGCAUCUUCGUCACCUCCAACAACAUCCGCGAGUACGAGAUCGACUACACGGGCACGGAACCAUCCAGUCCCUGCAACAAGUGUCUGAAUGUGUCCUGGGACAGCUCACCCCCUUGUACCUGCACCAUCAACUUCACUCUGGAGCAUGCCUUCGAGAGCAACGUCUUCAUGUAUUAUGGACUUUCCAACUUCUACCAAAACCACCGUCGCUACGUGAAGUCUCGAGACGACAGCCAGCUCAAUGGGGAUAACGCCUCGCUGCUUAACCCCAGUAAGGAGUGUGAGCCGUACCGCACCAACGAGGACAAGCCCAUCGCUCCCUGCGGAGCCAUCGCCAACAGCAUGUUUAACGACACGCUGGAAUUGUACCGCAUCGAUAACGACACCAGGACUCCUAUCACCUUGAUUAAAAAAGGCAUUGCCUGGUGGACAGAUAAAAAUGUCAAGUUCAGGAAUCCUACGGGAGAUGGGAACUUAACGGCGCUUUUCCAAGGCACGACCAAGCCCGUGAACUGGCCCAAGCCCGUCUACAUGCUGGACUCGGAGCCCGACAACAACGGCUUCAUCAACGAGGACUUCAUCGUGUGGAUGCGCACCGCCGCCCUGCCCACCUUCCGCAAGCUCUACCGCCUCAUCGAGAGGAAGAACAACUUACAGCCCACCCUGCAGGCUGGAAAAUACUCCCUGGAUAUCACAUACAAUUAUCCUGUACACAGUUUUGACGGACGAAAAAGAAUGAUCCUGAGCACCAUCUCGUGGAUGGGAGGCAAAAACCCCUUCCUGGGCAUCGCCUACAUCACCGUGGGGUCCAUCUGCUUCUUCUUAGGGGUGGUGCUGCUGAUCAUCCAUCACAAAUACGGGAACCGAAACACUAGCGCGGACAUUCCCAAUUAAUCCCGCCUUCUCCAGACACACGUACUGCAUGUGCAUCGAGGCCAGUCCAGAACCCACCCAGGUUUUGAAAGAUAAAUCUCUGCUUCUCUCACUUCUGAGGCUGGGUCCGUAGUUUUGAUCUAAAGCUCCCCUUUCCCGUGCUGUGGAGUCGCUCCUGAGAAUGACGGGUGUACAAUUAGCUGUAUUGAUUGUAUCUCUGCCGCUGUCGGAACCAAUUCUGCUGAUAUUUGCCUCUAACUAGGCAGGCCACGUGACACGUAAAGCUCCUGUUCCCUUGAUGCAUCUGCUGCUUGUUCCUGUGCUGCCUGAUGUAUAGAUUGUGUGGAGGAAGACUGGUAGGAGACACCCUGAACUGCUCACGGGCCAGAAUUCGGGUGUCAGUGCUGUUGAAAGGAAAAGUCAAGUCUUAAAUGUUGGUUUUUUCUUUUUUUUUUUCAGUUUACUGUCUUGUGUGCAUGGGCUCUUCCGUUUCUUGCUGAGAUUUUUAAUAUAUUUAUAUAAGUUGUUAAAUAUUUUUCCUGUGUCCUUCCCACCUCUGCUCUGUUAAAGGAUUGAAGUGGGGUGUAUAUUUCAGCACUCUGGAUUCUCUGUGUAUUUACAAUCCACGUGCCUGGCCAGUAAGCUACCACCCUGGGGAGCCAGCAGAAAACCUGCCUGUUAAUUCCCUGCCCCAGUCCCUUUUGAAGUUUGUUCUAAAUUGGGAAAUGUUUGUUGCAGGUAGAAUCUGCUGCUUUUUUUCCUAAUUUUUCUUCGCUUUAAAUCAUAUCGACUAUGAGUUUAUUGUGCUGGCUGGUUUUGCUUUUUAAGAGCAGCUCCAAGUGUUAAUUAAGAAGAACAUAAUGUUUUUUUCUGUUCACAAAUUUGGGUGAAUUCCUUUUACUGGAGGAGUUUGCUGAUUUCCUUGAGGCGUACGAGCAGGGUUUGUCCUAAAGGAAUUGUCAUAUACUUUUUCCUUAUUUGGGGUGAGCACCACAUCAACUUUUUGGUGGUGUUAAGAUAAUAACCCAGAGAAACUGGAAAGCUGAGAUGGCAGAAAGCUCUUUUCACUGAAAGGCAGGUUGAGCUUGCUGUGAAACCUCACUGCAACCCUGCAGUUAGGAGCAACGUGCGGGUUAGUGUCUUAAAUCAAAUGACAGAACAGAAGGCUUCACUUUUAGGUUAAUUAAAAGUUAAGUGCAACCUGUAAAAUAAUACUUUUCGGUGACUUUUUUUUUUUUUUUUAGAUGACGCACAGAAAUUGUAAUGUAUAUGGUGGAGAUCACUUUAUAUGCAACUAGCUUGAUAAAGUAUGGAGUAUAUUAAAAAAGACCUGGUACAUUCUGCAAAGCGUUUAAUAAGAGAUUUUAUUUUGUUCUUGAACAUACAUUUAUUUCCAUUUAUUCUCAGUAAGCACGGAUGCAGUUUGAGUGAGUUGUAUUCCUGGGAUUGCGUAUUUGUUACAAAAAGUUGUUUAUUUGUGGUCCAGCAGCUUAAUCUAUAGCCAGCUUUAAGCAAUUCUAUUAAUUUAUCACAUAAACACUGUUUUUACUGAAUUAUUUGUCACCUUUUUAAGCUGGCAGUGGUGUGUAAGUCUGUCCAAACUAGGGAAGGAGGCAGGGUUUCCCUCACACCAGCCUCCUGUACCUCCCCCCAGUCAUUGGUCUGCACAGUACAGCCUGGCAGCAAGGGCUUCAAACAGUCAAGACUUUAAAGUUUUAUUUAAAAUGUUGCAUCUCUGUUGCUGGAAUUCUAGAGUAAGGGUUAUGUAGCUUUCUAUAUUGCAAGGCAAAAAACUCACGGCUUUUUUUGUCUGCAGAGUAGCUGCUAGUCCAGAAUAUAGUGAGCAAGUAAAGGGCUGUCUCCCAAUUACUGGUUAUUAAAAUAUUUUGAUUUUUAAA